AUGGCUCCAGGCGCAGCAAACAACUUUGCGCAAUUCAUGGUGGUAGGACCAACAUGUUUUUUCCUCGGCAUCAUGUUUGCGCAACUCCCAUACGACUACAAUGUCCUAUGGACCAUGCCCGCCGACCGAUCAGCCUACUUCGACAUCCUUGAAUCGCACAUCAAGUUCCUCUAUGCCUCGCCUCCCAUCGUAUCGCGCAUCCUCAACCUAGCCAUCGGCACCGGCCUCCUCGGCUUCCUCAUCAAGCUCUUCAAGCCCAACCAAGCCAACAUGCUCUUCGAUGGCGCAUCGCUUGUACUCUACAUGGCUGGUAUCACCGUCUACCUGACCAACAUCGUCAAGGGGUUCAGGGUCGUGACAGCGGGUAUCUACGGUGACGUGAACAAGGCGGCGCCGGGUGAGAUCACGGACGAAGAUAUGGGAGAUUACAUCUCGAGAGAGGACACGUUGAGGGUUUUUGCGGCUAGUAAUACAAUCCUGGCGCUGGUGCUCGUGGGUGUGCUGGUACUGCAAGCCGGGCAGUGGUACGCCAAGAGGGCUGAGGAGAAGGAGAUCGAGGAGUUUGAACGCAAGGCUGCGGAGGCCAAGGGCGCUGGGAAGAAGAAGCAGUAG